AUGUAUAUAAAAUUGAAUGAUGUAAAGAGAAAGAUGUAUGACUAAAAACUUAAUAAAAAUAUAUAUAUAUAUAUAUAGAAAACGAUUACAAUAUUCAAUAUUGUCACCACAAGAUGCUAUCAAUUUUACAGAAGUCAAAAUAUUUAGGGAUAAGAAUUAUAAUAUAAUAAUUGGGGGAAGAAUAUUGAAAAUAGUCCUCUUGAUUUGGGUAUGGGUUAAAGUUUACGUGAUACUGAAUGCAGUAAUUGUACUUUGUUGAAUGGUUGUCCAAGACAUUUUGGUUAUAUUCCAUUAUAAUUGCCAAUUUAUCAUUUGAGUUUUUUACUCAUGUUGUAAAGUGUUUGAAAUGUUUGUGUUAUGUAUGUGAUUAUAAAGAAGUUUUUAAAAAUGUGUUUAAGUAAGAUUGAUAUUAAAAGAGAUAAAUCUAUUAAUAUAAGCAAUGUUAAAUUGUGUUUAAAAACACCAUCUUAUAACAUAUAAUUAAAGAUUUUCAAGAAGGUUCUAAAGAAAUGUUGAUCAAAUCAAUAAUAUCCUAAUUGCCUUUUGUGAAUAGAUUGGGAAUGCAAAGAAAUUAGCCAAAGGUGGUGCAAGUAUGAUUCUAUUAGAAAAUACGGAUAUUAAUGCAUUUUAUGCUUGGAAUCUAAAAACAGCAUUAUAUCUUGUUUUGUAUUAAUCAAUUCUUAAAUGACUAAUUUGAUCUACUCACUUUAAUUACACCUGCUCCUCAAGCAAAAUGCUAUGUAAAACAACAAAAGCAGAUAUAGGAUGAAUUAACAAUGAAUUUGAAAACCAUACUUUAUCAUAAUGAUUUGUAAUAGAAAUAUGCAUAGGAAGGGAAAGGAUGGCAUGUCAAUUCUUAAAAUAAAAUUUUUAAGAAUUGACAUUACUUUUAUUAUUUCAAUAGUGAGACACUUCGUUUACCACAAUUCUCAAGCCAAGAUGUAAAGGUCGAUAGACGUGCAAUUUAUCAAAGACUUAAAGGUAAGAGAGGAAGAUUAAGAGUUAGUUUAUCAGGUAAAAGAGCAGAAUUUACAGCAUGUUCAAUAAUCUCACCAGAUCUUAAUUUAGGAUGA